CGAUAGAUGAAUGGAUUUUGCAGCCACCGCCCCCCUCCUUCAGCAAGACGUAUUGUAUAGUCAUCCCCUCUGAUAGCCUCGGCUUGACCAACUUUCAAAUCCCUCUUGACAGACAACUGAACGCGCACAAUGGCCGAACCGAACGCCACCGAAGCACGAAAACAACUCCAGCAACUGCAGGAAGAAAACGGCGAUAUCACGACGCAGCUGAACAUCCUCCGCAUCAGCGAACCGAUAUUUUCUCCAGAUGCCGGAAGCCAACCCUCUCCGUCGAAGCGCAGAUCAGAUGCUUCGACCAUAUAUAACCCCACACCUGCCUCGUUGGAAGCGGAUCUGACACAUUAUAAAGAACUAUUCUCAAAGUUGCGAUUUUCAUACGUUGAGCAAGUCACCAAGGAGAAAUUCUUGCGCGCGAUUGUGGGCGACCCGCCCCUGGUGGUCGGACACAAUGAGAACGUGGAGAUGGAGACACAAUUGGCGGAGGUGAAGGCAGAGCUCCGCGCGCGCAAAGAAGAAGUCCGGAGUAUGGUGGAGGAAAUGGAAAAAACUGGCAAGGAAUUGGCGAAUCGGUACAAGAAUGUUCAGCUGCAGAUAACCCAGCUGUCUAGUCUCCCGGAGUCCAUCGAAAAUCUCGAAUUAACUAUUGCCGACUUACGCGAAAAACAAGGAAUCGAUACACACGGGUCCUCGUCCCAGACCCUUCCUCUUCCCGCGACGUUGAGCCUGCUGUCGGAACGGGAGGCUGAGCUCGCGGCCCUCGAUCGACAACUCGCUGCCGUGCAGAAUGCACUGCCCCGCAAGACACGAGAGGCCGAAGCGGUGGAGCGGGAACUAGGUGUUCUAGAACGGAGGAAGUCAGAAGCCAUAGCCCAGGCCCAGGAGGUCCAGAGGAAGAAGGAAGAAGGGGAGAGUGAUGGGCUGGUGGAGAUGGGGAAAUGGUACAGAAGUGCCGAAGAAGCACUAAAGAAACUAGUGGGGGUGUAGGGCUGAGGGGACUUUCGAGUUUACAUGAGUUAUGUUGUACCUUGGUGUCGGCGUUUGCGAUUCAUACCCAUAUACCAGUUACGGGGCGUGUAGCAAUGUUCAUG